AUGGAAGACUUAGUUGAUCUUUUCAGGUCGUGCAAUGGUCUACUGUUGAUCAAAGUUGACCGUCGUGUCAAAGCGCAAUUCAUUGUUUGUAACCCGGCCAGGCAGAAAUUCCGUGCACUUGCUGACCACGGUGGAGGUUUUUACGAAUCAUUCAUAAUUAGCUUGGCUUUCGAUCCAUCGAAAUCGCCUCACUACAAAGUUGUAUUGCUUCAUCAAUACCCUCCGAAAAUAGAAAUCUAUUCAUCAGAGACUGCGUAUUGGAAGAAUAUAGUUAUAGUUAUACUAUAUGAACAGACACUUUGCAUACGCGGAUGUUAUCUGAAUGGUGCGUCUUGGAAUGGAGCUCUGUAUUGGCUAUGUGACGACCGAUAUAAUGUGUUGAGAUUUGACGUUGAGACAGAGAAGAUUUAUAUGAUUCCGUACAAGCAACGUGGUAGAAUUCUCCCUCUGGACAAGACUAGGUAUUUUGGAGACUGCGGCUGUGGUGGCCGUUUGCUUCUGAUUCAGAGUAAUUCGCAUUCUACCGCGAGAUUCAAAAUCUGCGAGAUGGACGAAGACUGCUGCCGUUGGAACGUCAAGCUUCCUGUAGAUCUCAAGACCUUGAUAUCUGAAUUCCCCGAGAUAGAAAGUCAAAACUUUUAUAAAUUUACGGUGAUGUGCGUUGUCGAGGGAGAGGAGGAGGAUGAUAUCGCGCUCAUCUUGGCUAUCCCGGUGUUGUAA